UCCUUCAGUUUUGUCCAUAAAUUGUGCUCGCACUGGUUCACAUCUCCAAAACAACGUUGCUCUCUUCUCCUUGUUAAAACUUUCUUGGUUUCUUUCCGAAACAAUUUCACAACAAUGGCUGACAAAAGCAAGAUCUUGAUCAUUGGAGGCACUGGUUACAUAGGAAAAUUCAUCGUGGAGGCAAGCGCCAAGGCCGGUCACCCCACUUUCGCUUUGGUUAGAGAGAGCACAGUCUCUGAUCCUGUCAAAAGAAAACUUGUCGAGAAUUUCAAGAACUUAGGCGUCACUUUGAUAGAUGGAGAUAUCGACGGCCAUGACAAUUUGGUCAAGUCAAUUAAGCAGGUGGAUGUGGUGAUAUCAGCAAUUGGGAACAUGCAAAUAGCAGAUCAAACCAAGAUCAUUGCUGCCAUUAAAGAAGCUGGCAAUGUUAAGAGAUUUUUCCCUUCAGAAUUUACAAUGGAUGUGGAUCAUGUCAAUGCUGUAGAGCCUGCGAAAACUGCAUUCGCAAUGAAGGCUCAGAUUCGGCGUGCCAUUGAGGCUGCGGGGAUCCCCUACACUUAUGUGUCUUCCAACGGCUUUGCUGCAUAUCAUCUCGCUACGAUGGCACAGCUUGGACUUACUGCUCCUCCUAGAGACAAAAUCACUAUCUUAGGAGAUGGCAAUGCCAAGGCUGUUUUCAAUAAGGAAGAUGAUAUUGGAACCUACACCAUCAAAGCAGUGGAAGAUUCUAGAACAUUGAACAAGACUGUCCUAAUCAAGCCUCCUAAGAACAUUUACUCUUUCAAUGAGCUUAUUGCCCUGUGGGAGAAAAAGAUUGGCAAAACCCUCGAAAAAACCUAUGUUCCUGAAGAGAAACUUCUGAAGGACAUCCAAGAGUCUCCAAUUCCGAUUAAUAUUCUUCUGUCAAUCAACCACUCAGCCUUCUUCAACGGUGACAUGACCAACUUUGACAUUGAUCCAUCAUGGGGGGCUGAGGCCUCUGAGUUGUAUCCAGAUGUCAAAUAUACCACCGUGGAAGAGUACCUCGAUCAGUUUGUCUGAGGCAUUGACAUCUCCUGCUCUCCAGUUAUCAAUGAAAUAAACAGUCGAAUAGUUAGAAAUCUGGAUGUAUCUUGCAGAUGAGUGUUUGUCGUAGUCAAUGAGUUAUCUUUCAGUGUAACCUUGUAAAAUGUUUCUCUGCUCUGGUUAAAUGCCAUGGUUUGUAUCUAUUGAUGGAAAAUAUAUAUGAUUAAUAUAAACAAAAAUCUUCUCCA